AUGUCAUCCUCUAAGUUCCUCGUGACUCCUCUCAUCCUCUCCCUCGCUGCUGCUGCUGCUGCUGCCGCCGCCUGCGUCGGGCCCGCCGUCAACGACGCUACACUGGACCUGCUAAAGGGCUAUGAGAAGAUGAUUCCCAACCCCUACGACGACGGCUACGGGAAUCCCACCAUCGGAUACGGCCAUCUAUGCCAGGACUCUUCCUGCUCAGACGUCUCCUACUCACAGCCUCUCACCGAAGAAACUGCAACGAAGCUGUUGGCCGAUGACUUGGAGGGCUUCCAAGACGCCGUCACCAACGCCCUCGCCGACCCCGUGACUCUCAACGACAACCAAUACGGUGCACUCGUCUCCUGGACAUUCAACGUCGGGGCGGGCGGCAUGCAAUCAUCCUCUCUUCUCCAGCGGAUGAAUAACGGAGAAGACGUGGAUGUUGUUGCGCAGGAGGAGUUACCCAAGUGGGUGCACGCGAACGGCGAGGUCUCGGAGGGUCUGGUGAAUCGUCGAAAUGCUGAGUUGGAGUUGUUUGCAACUGCUAGUGAGGGCAAAGCAUUGCCUGCUCCUUGCUAG